AUGGAUUCCAGGGUACUAUCAGAGAUGCAUUUCUGUAAAAAGAUCUUCACUGCAGCCUUGUGUGUCUUAGUUUUGCUGCCAGAUUCGGGCUGUGCAAGGAAUCUCUGGAAGCGUGCUCUACAUCUGAAAAUGACGGAGAAAUACGAUGAUUAUGAGUACCCUCUUCAUUCUCACAGUUCCCACUACCAGAAGAACGACCGCUGCCCCCCACCGCCCCAGACUUUGCCUGACCGAGCCUGCGAGGUGCCCAGCUGCCGCUCGGAUUCAGAGUGUGAAAGGCACAAACGCUGCUGCUACAAUGGGUGCAUCUACGCCUGCCUGGAAUCCGUACAGCCACCGCCAGUUUUAGACUGGUUGGUUCAGCCCAAACCCCGCUGGCUGGGAGGAAAUGGGUGGCUUUUGGAUGGCCCAGAGGAAGUCUUACAAGGGAGCAAUUCCAACAAUGUGGUCGGCUAUGUGAAAAACCAGCAGAAGCAUUUAGGCUAA